AUGCCCGGCCUGCUGCUCGAUAUGGAGGCUCCAGUCGCUCCUCCUGCAAAGGCGCCAGAGUAUGGAUUCGUGGUAUCACAUCAGAAGGUCGAGUUGGAGGUCGAUUUUACAACCCAAAGCCUGUUCGGCCGCACUGAGAUCACCAUCCUUCCCCAGCACAGGGAUCUCCGGACCAUCCAGAUCGAUGCCCGACAAUGCGAGAUAUUGCCACGCUCGGUCAUGGUCAAUGGGAUAGUCGCGCCGUAUAGCUAUGAGGACCCCUUGAAGGCUUUGGACAUACCCAGCUAUGUCCUGUGGACUGCGAAUCAAUAUGCUAUGCAGAAGGAUAGGCUGAGGCCCCUUACGGAAGGAGACACCAGAGGAGACGGCGCCCUUUAUAUCACGAUACCAAGGAGUGUUCAUAUAGAGGAGGUUGAUCCAUUCUCUGACAACGCUGCAAAUGCAGUGACCAAUCGAGCCAUCGGUGCAUCCGCUGCGCGCAACUCAUCUAUCGUCGUGAACGGAGGCCCCGACUCAAUUUCAACUCCAGUAGGGCUGACGCCGAAGACAGCGGCGGAGCAGUCAUCGAGAUUCCAACCUCUGGUCAUCUCGAUAUCCUUCUCCACCAAGUGUGUGAGGGAUGGAUUGCAGUUUGUGGGCAUAUCAGCAGGGGACGAUAGAUUCCCGCACGUCUACACGAGGCAUUCUAUGGAUCCGGGGACCGCAUCUAGCAUCUUUCCCUGCAUCGAUGACCCGGCUAUGAGAUGUACGUGGGAGAUAUCUAUCAAGUGCUCAAGGACAUUGGGCGACGCACUCAAGCGACGUCCGGAGGCGCACAAGCACAAAGGGGCUCAUCAUGGAAAGAAAGGGCCUGUAAAUGGAGCCACAAAUGGGGUCAAUGGGCUUGCUACUGCUGAAGAAUAUGAAGUCCCGCUUGCCGACGACGAAAAGCUUCUGGAAAUGCUGGUUGUCUGCUCUGGAGAGAUGACGAAUGAGGUCGUGGAUCUCGAGGAUAGCUCGAAGAAGACCGUAUCAUUCUUUUGCAGUACUAUUGUUGCUCCGCAGCACAUUGGAUUCGCCAUCGGUCCUUUUGAGCAAGUUGACCUCACAGAGUUUCGCGACGAAGACGAAGACGAGAAACUUGGUCAAGCACAGCUUGUUCCCGUCUGGGGUUAUUGCCUCCCUGGACGUGCGGAAGAAGUUCGACAUACCUGCGAAGCUGUCGUUGGUGCGGUCGACUGGUUCCUACUCAGCUAUGGAAGCUCCUUUCCUUUCCCUGAAUCCAAGCUUGUCUUUAUCGAUGAUCAGACCCAGGAUGUUGAGCAUACAGCGUCGCUCUCCCUCUGCAGCACACGGCUGCUUUACCCUGAGGAUAUCAUAGAUCCGGAGAUGGAAGUCACUAGAACACUAGUCCAUGCUAUAGCUAGCCAGUGGAUUGGGGUUGGUAUAGUUCCAAAUGAAAGUGCGGAUAGAUGGGUCACCAUCGGACUGUCCCACUUCAUGACGGGUCUUUUUAUGAAAGACCUUUGCGGAAAUAAUGAAUAUGCAUUCAGACAGAAGCAACUUCAAGACAAGCUUGUGGAGUUGGACAUCAAGAGACCUUCUUUAUCUGCUCUGGGAGAAGUCCUGACUAUUGGCUCCUUCGAAUACGAAUUCAUGGUGUUGAAGGCACCGCUUGUCUUGUUCAUCCUUGAUAAACGUAUCAUAAAGAACUCUGGAUCUGCGGGCCUCACACGUGUCAUUUCGAAAAUCAUUACCGGAGCAAAUACCGGUGGAGCAGGAGACAGUGUGUUGUCAUCCGAGUCAUUUCGCAAGCAGUGCGAGAAAAUUACAAAAUAUAGAGACACCGAGAGGUUCUGGAAUCAAUGGGUUCUUGGUGCCGGAUGCCCCAGAUUUUCAAUCAGCCAGAAAUUCAACAAGAAACGGCUUUGUGUGGAGAUGAAGAUAAUCCAAAAGCAGGAUACUCUCCCGACGCAGCAGGAGCUCACAAAGGGUGCAUUUCUGAGGGAAUUCAAGGAGGAGGUCAAUGGUGUCUUUGCUGGAGAUCUGCAAUCAGUUUUCACCGGUCCUAUGACCAUCCGUAUCCAUGAAGCCGAUGGUACUCCGUAUGAACAUAUCGUGGAGAUCCGAGAAGGAUCUGGCCAGAUUGAAAUUCCUUAUAAUACCAAGUACAAACGCUUGAAGCGUACUCGGAGACAGAAAGAGCGAGCAAAUGCUGGAACGGGUGUUGACCUCAGUGCCGAGACUGGCGAGGACGCUCUGAUAUAUUGUUUGGGAGACAUCCUCCAGUCGCCACAAGAAAUGCAGGAAUGGGGUUUGCAAGAUUGGGACCAAGAGCAGCAGAUGAGGAUGGAGCAAGAGUCUUAUGAAUGGAUCCGAAUUGAUGCCGACUUUGAAUGGCUCGCAAAGAUCGAAUUCGUUAGCAUGCCGCCUUACAUGUAUAUCUCGCAACUUCAGCAAGAUCGCGAUGUGGUCGCCCAACAAGAAUCGAUGCUUUGGCUAAAGACUCAGACGCCGCAUCCUCUUGCAGCCACCUUCCUCAUCAGAACUGCCAUGGAUACGCGGUACUUCCACGGCAUUCGUACGAUGGCGGUGGAGUGUCUCAAGACCCAUGCAAAUCCUGCGUGCAAUUGGAUAGGCUUCAGACACCUGGAGAAAGCUUUCCAGGAGUCAUUUUGCUACCCGGGCACCAGAAUGCCUCGACCAAAUGACUUUACGGAUAAGCAGCAAUACCUGUUGCUCAAGUCUAUUCCUAAGGCUGUGGCUCAGAUCCGGGGCCCAGAUGGACGUUGUCCCAAGGAGGCGAGGGAGUUUCUUCUUGACCAGCUGCGGUUCAACGAUAAUACUGGGAAUGAGUUUUCUGAUAACUAUAAAGUUGCUGGCCUCCUAUCUGCACUUGCUGAAUCUUUAAUACCCGAGAAGACGAACAGCAAUGAGAUGCUCUUCGAUGAUGACGAAGAGAAUGAUGAGCCAGCUCGAUUCCGAGACACUGUCAUUGAGGAGCUUGACCGAUAUCGUCGUAUGGACGAUUGGAAUCCUUCAUAUCAUAACCUCUACACAGUCACUGUCUUGGACUGCAAGCAUAAGCUUAUGACAGCCGGAGUCAUCCCUGUGGAUCCGCUUGAAUUUGCUCCAUUUCUUCACGAUGGUACAUCGGAUUAUGUUCGUAUCAAAGCAUUCGAGGCACUGAUGGAUCUUGGUUUCAUCACCAAUGACCCUCUAGUUCGCUACCUGCUUACGGUCAUGAGCACUGACAUCUCUCCGUACGUUCGCAGUCAUUUGUUCGAGGUGUUCUCUCUGGGCUUGGCCACGGUGGCUUUGGGUCACUCGUCUAACAAGCCGGCCGAGACUCAAGCUCCAGCUGAUGGCGACACUCUGAUCAUUGAAGAAGAGGCAUCCAAUGAAGAGCGGAAAGCCCAUAUUGCGCGAACUACGAGUAUUGAGGGUGCAUUGGCAGCAUUGAAGGAGGAAUUGAAGGGGAACAUGGCAAUCAAGGAGGCGCUAUGGAAGGCGAUCAAGUCUACAAACAUCACUCUAUCCGAGCAGAUUGAUUUACUGGAUAUCUGCUGGAUUCUCUAUGAUCCAGUUGACUCUUUAGUUCUCAAAUUGAAAUACCCACGAUACUGGAAGGUUGAGAACCUUGGCAAGGGACUUCUAAAGUUCAGAAAGACCGAAAAAGUUAGGACCAAGAUGCUUGUGAAGAAACAGCCCAAGCCUCCGCCACCCCCCGUUCCCUUGGAGAGACCAAAUCCUCCGCCAGUUCGGAUAGCUAUCACGAGCACGCCCAUGGGACCGCCCAAAUUGCCCAGCAAACUGCCCCCUAAACCACCCUUCAAACAGACACUCAAGCGUCCGCAUGCUCCUGAUAGGAUGCCAAGCUCGGCUUCUGAUGGCCAACCGCCACGGAAGAUCAUCAAGCUGAAGGUCAACCCCUUCAAAGUGGAAGAGAUUUACCGCUCUCCUCCUAAUCCUGGUGCAUAUUACCGUGCAACGUCGUCUUCGACUCAAAGCUCGCCGGCGUCGCGGCCUUCUGCGCCAAUGCCAAGGGUUUCAACGAGUCCAGCACCGUCUAUUCACUCGGCAUCGCCAGCAUCAAUGCCGCCUACAAUAGCGUCCGGUUCCGCCACUGGGAAGAUUCGCAAGCCUCUUCCUGAUUCAGCACCUAACCCCCCUCAAAUCACUAAGAAACCUAUUGUUCUCAAGUUCAACCGGAAACCAAAUGCGAAUUAG